AUGUCUCAAUUCCAAGAGACAAGUGGUAGUAGUGGAGGUAAUGAUGGAAAAAGGGAGUUUCCUGAUGAUCGAAUUUUUAAAGAAUCCGUAGCACAAAGCUUUGAAAGGAUGAAUUUGCAAAUGAAUGACUUUAGAGAUGAAUUGGAUGUAUUGAGGGGAAUGAGAAAUGAGAUGACCAGGUUUAUGGAAGAGAUGAGAAGGGACAGAGAAGAUAGAAAUAGGAGGAAUGAUGGGGGAGCAAAUGUGGGAAAUCCGAAUAGAAAUGAAGGUAGAUUUCGGGCAGAACAUAGGAAUGAAGGGUAUGAAGAAGCUGAAUGGAAUGAUGAUGAGUAUGAUGAAGCUUAUGACUAUGGCAACUACCAUUAUGGUGGAAGAGGGUAUAGACCACCUAGGGGUAGAGGGCCUAGGGGAAGAAGGGGUGGCAGAAAUUUUAGGCUCGGUGAUCAUUGGGAUAGAGAUGGAAAUGAGGAGAGAGUUGAUGGGAAUUUAGCUAGUAUAAAAAUGCAAAUUCCACCUUUUCAUGGGAAGGAUAAUCCAGAUGUUUAUUUGGAGUGGGAGAGACAGGUGGAGUUGAUUUUUGAGUGCCACCAUUAUUCUGAAGAGAAGAAAGUGAAGUUAGCAGCUGUAGAAUUCAAAGAGUAUGCAAUUGUAUGGUGGGAUCAGUUGUUGGGUAGGAGGAGGAGAAAUGGGCAACGAACCGUGGAGACAUGGGAUGAAAUGAAGGGAAUCUUAAGAAACAGGUUUGUGCCACCUUACUACCACAGAGAGCUGCUUCAAAGGUUACAAAAACUCACUCAAGGUACUAAAAGUGUCGAAGAAUACUACAAGGCCAUGGAGAUAGCUUUGAUUAGAGCUGAUGUUGAGGAGGAUUGGGAAGCUACAAUGGUUCGCUUUUUGAAUGGGUUAAAUCCUGAAAUUGCUAAUAUUGUGGAGCUGCAACCUUGUGUGGAGGUGGAGGAUAUGCUACAAAUGGCACUUAAAGUGGAGAAGCAACUAAAAAGGAAGAAUGUGGCUAGAUAUGCACCAGCCAACCAUUCAGCUCCUAGGAGUAAUUGGAAGUCGAAUUGGGAAAAUGGAGAGUUAGAAAGUGAAGAGGAAAGAGAGGAAGAAUCUCAUAAUGUUGAUGAGCAUGAGGAUGAUUGCUACGAUGAGGGAGAUCAGCCACCUAUGGAUGGCAAUAUCCUUGUCACCAUGCGCACACUUAGUGCACAAGUGAGUAUGGAGUGUGGUGAUGAAAUGCAAAGGGAGAACAUCUUCCAUACUAGGUGCUUGGUGAAUGACAAGUUGUGUAGUGUGAUUGUAGAUGGUGGGAGCUGUUGUAAUGUGGCUAGUUCACUCUUGGUGGACAAGUUGGGUUUGCCUACUACCACACAUCCAAAACCAUAUGGCUUGCAAUGGUUGAAUGAUUGUGGGAAGUUGAGGGUUACAAAACAGGUGGUUGUGCCAUUCACCAUUGGCAAGUAUAAUGAUGAGGUACUUUGUGAUGUUGUACCUAUGGUUGCUACGCAUCUUUUGUUGGGCCGUCCAUGGCAGUAUGAUAGAAGUGUUGUGCAUGAUGGUAGGAAGAACAGGUACACGGUCACUAAGGAAGGUCGAACAUACUCAUUGCUUCCUAUGACACCAGGUCAAGAAUAUGAAGAUGAGUUGCCACCAGGAGUGCCACCUAUCAGAGGGAUUGAGCACCAGAUUGACUUAGUACCUGGAGCACAAAUACCGAAUAGACCAGCAUACAGAACAAAUCCUAAAGAAACAAAGGAGUUACAAAGGCAAGUGGAGGAGCUUAUGGAGAAGGGCUAUGUUAGGGAGAGCAUGAGCCCAUGUGCUGUACCUGUGUUGCUAGUGCCUAAGAAGGAUGGGAGUUAUCGCAUGUGUGUGGAUUGCAGAGCCAUCAAUAAAAUCACUGUAAAGUAUAGACACCCAAUCCCUCGCCUUGAUGAUAUGCUUGAUGAGUUGCAUGGUGCAAGUGUGUUUUCUAAGAUAGAUUUGAAAAGUGGUUACCACCAAAUAAGAAUGAAAAUUGGUGAUGAGUGGAAAACUGCUUUCAAAACUAAAUAUGGGUUGUAUGAAUGGAUGGUGAUGCCAUUUGGGCUCACAAAUGCUCCUAGCACUUUUAUGCGUUUGAUGAAUCAUGUGUUGAGGAAUUUCAUUGGAAAUUUUGUUGUUGUGUAUUUUGAUGACAUUUUGAUUUACAGC